AUGAAACAAAAAAUUUUUGUUGAAAAAUACCAUAUAAGAAAUAUAUUUUUCAAUAACCAAUAAAAAACUUCAAUUAAAUUAAAACAACGGAAAUAUUUUUCUCUAGCAACAAUUUCAAAGUAUUAUAUUAACUAAAACUAAAUUUUAGAGAAAUUAAAAUAAUUUUUUUUAAUUAAAAAAGGGGAAAAAAAUAGGUAAUAUUUCAAUCUAGAAGAUAAGAAAAGUGUGUUAAGUAAUAGUCCCACCCGUAUCAGCAUAUGUGAAUAAGCUUAAAGUAGACUUAAUUUAAGACCCACAAUAAUAGCAGUAGUCAUUAACUCAACUCAUAAGUUUGAAAGCUUAUUUAAAGACAAGAAAACACAAGAAAAAAGAAGAACCCAUAGAAUUAAAUUAACCGAGACCAAACAGAAAAUCUCUAGGGUAUUUUUGAUCUCUUCUCCAACGUUAUCUAAGUGGUUUUAACGAAAAACUAUAUUUAUUAUUAUCAUAAUUAUGUUUUAGCGAUACUUUAGCAUUUUAUAUUCUAUAUCAAGUGUAUACAUAUAUACAUACAUAUUUUAUAAUUCACUGUAACUUACAAAAAUCUAUUUAAUAAGCUAUUCUAUCUCUUAUAAAAUAAAUUUACUUUGA